AGUAAAAAACUAAGACAGCGUUAAAAUAUUAAAUUAAUAUAGAGUCAAUAAUACGUCCAUAAUUGCCGUCACCUCUGUCUUGUCUAAUGUGACCCCAUCUCAACUUUCUCCGAUCCCCACUUUCUUUAUCACUUGACACUUUUCUACCUCGUUUUUCUUGCAUCCCAAACAACAAUAAGAUAAACUAAUCUUUAUUUGGCAUUCACAAAAACAAACUACUAUUACUACUAUAACAAAGGUGCGUUACAUUUACCUGUAAAUACCCUUUUCUGUUCUUUUCUUGGUUUUAGCAUUACCCUUUUUUUGUAGGAUGUUUACUUAUUUGGGGCUGCCUUUGAAUAAUAAAUUAUAGAUCUGAAAUUGGGUUCUGAAAAUCUUGUUAACUAUGACCAUGGAAAUGUGGAGUUUUUUAAUUUCUUUGUUUUCAAGUUGUUGUUUAGUGACUUAGUUAAAUAGUGUUUGGGGCGGAGCCUGUAAGAAUACAGAGGUUCAUCUAGAUAUAUGGAAACUUAUUUCAAGAUGCAUGAUUUGGCUACAUCUAUGUUUUCAGCAAGUGCAUCAAGCAGCAGUGUCCCCCAAAUAAAUGUAAAAGAUGAUGAAGAUAUGAUGCUCAUUGUAAAAGAUUAUAAAGAUAUGAUGUCCAUUGGUUUCUCCAAAGUGGUGUCUUCUUACUCUCCUUCGCUCUUUAAAAGAUUUGUCUCGUUAAGAGUGCUUAAUCUAAGUAACUCAGAAUUUAAACAGUUAUCGUCUUCCAUUGGAGAUCUAGUACAUUUAAGAUACCUGGACCUGUCUGGCAAUAAAAUUUGUAGUCUUCCAAAGAGGUUGUGCAAGCUUCAAAAUCUGCAGACUCUUGAUCUAUAUAAUUAUCAGUCGCUUUCUUGCUUGCCAAAACAAACAAGUAAGCUUGGUAGUCUCCAAAAUCUUGUACUUGAUCACUGUCCAUUGACUUCUAUGCCACCGAGAAUAGGAUUGUUGACAUGCCUUAAGACACUAAGUUACUUUCUUGUGGGCGAGAGGAAAGGUUAUCAACUUGGUGAACUACGAAACUUAAACCUCCGUGGUGCAAUUUCAAUCAUCCGCCUUGAAAGAGUGAAGAACAAUACGGAGGCAAAAGAAGCCAAUUUAUCUGCAAAAGCAAAGCUGCACUCUUUAAGCAUGAGUUGGGAAGGACCACACAGAAAUGAAUCAGAAGUUAAAGUGCUUGAAGCCCUCAAACCACAUCCCAAUCUGAAAUAUUUAGAAAUCAUUGGCUUCAGUGGAUUCUGUCUCCCAGACUGGAUGAAUCACUCAGUUUUGAUAAAUGUUGUCUCUAUUCUAAUAAACAGUUGCGAAAACUGCUCGCGCUUACCACCCUUUGGUGAGCUGCCUUGUCUAGAAAGUCUAGAGUUACAAGACGGGUCUGUGGAGGUGGAGUAUGUUGAGGAUUAUGUUAUUCAUUCUGGAUUCCCUCCAAAAGGAAGGUUUCCAUCCCUGAGAAAACUUCAUAUUGGUGGCUUUUGUAAUCUGAAAGGAUUGCUGAGAACGGAAGAAGAAGAGCAAUUCCCCAUGCUUGACGAGAUGAAGAUUUCGGAUUGCCCUAUGUUUGUUUUUCCAACCCUUUCUUCUGUCAAGAAAUUAGAAAUUUGGGGGGAGGCAGAUGCAAGAGGUUUGAACUCCAUAUCUAAUCUUAGCACUCUUACAUCCCUCAAGAUUUUCAGUAACCACAAAGUGACUUCACUGCUAGAAGAGAUGUUCAAAAGCCUUGAAAAUCUCAAAUACUUGAGUGUCUCUUACUUAGAGAAUCUCAAAGAGCUGCCUACCAGCCUGGCUAGCCUCAAUGAUUUGAAAAGUCUGAAUAUUCGUUAUUGUUAUGCACUAGAGAGUCUCCCCGAGGAAGGACUGGAAGGUUUAACUUCACUCACUGAGUUAUUUGUUGAACACUGUAACAUGCUAAACUUUUUACCCCAGGCAUUGCAGCACCUAACAGCCCUCACAAGUUUAAGAGUUAUUGGUUGUCCAGAAGUGGCAAAGCGGUGUGAGAGGGGAAUUGGAGAAGACUGGCACAAAAUUGCUCACAUACCAAAUGUGUAUAUUGGUUAGUCUUGAUCUGGUUUUUUUUUGCUUUCUGAGGUUCUUUGUUUAUGAGUUUCCAACAAAGGUUAUGCUCCUGCCAUUGGAUGUAGUUUUGUAAUUUC